GACAGAAUUCAUAAAGUGCUGCGAGUGUAUAAUGUCCGCUCGAGCUGGUGUCGUGGCGCCGUGUGGCCGCUAGAGGUCGCGCGCACGCCACAGACGCGCCUCGCCUCGCCGCCGCGAGUCCAGCAGGAACAAACUGUACCGCAUAUGAAUCACACAAUCGAUAAACAUAUGCGCUCUGAUCAUCUCCUCAUAUAGACAGAUCCGCACGCGAAGAUUUCCAGCACAUUCGCGCUUUCAGCCGCGCCGCUACGAAGCCGCGUCUGUUUUUCUCCAAAGGUUUUUUUUUUUUUUUUUCCAUACGGAACGUUCAUUAUUGGCUCGUCACAUGUUGACGCUUUGCGGGUUUAAGCAAAGAAAGCGCUGAGAUUAUAAAACACACAUCUAGCCAGACGCAAUCUUGCAUUCGGUUCUUAAACGCUAAAAGCGCUUCGUGCUCGAACGGGAAAACGGGAAACCGCAGCAAGAAUAAAGCAACGAGAGCGCGAGGAAACCGGAGAGGAGGGGCGCGUGUGCGCGUGCGUUUCCUCUCCGCCGCAAGAAUCCAUUGAGAGAGAGAGAGAGAGAGAGAGAGAGAGAGAGAGAAGAAAGGAAAAGCAGCAGCUCCACGCCACUCCUUUGUUUUAGGAAAUCGCUUGAAUCGCUCGAAGGACUGGAAUGAUGCAUCGCGUUUCUCUCGCGUUUUUCCGCGACGCCUGUUUUUAAAGGCGAACUUGACGAUUUUGCGUUUAAUUUGGUGGAAGAGCGUUUGAGAUCCGAAGCCUUCAGACGCAUUAAGCGUUUCCUCCGCGUUCGCCCUCCAUGCGUUUAGACUCGUUUUUGUCCUCACCGUUUAGCGUUCCACACAUCGCGAGAUCCUCUCAUCUGCCGAAGCGUUCCGAAGCUCGCUGGGUUUUUUUAUUCUGCUCGGGGUUCGCGUCCAGGCCCGAGAUACUCGCUACUCUUCAAAGGCCUUUAAUGCGGCACGCGCGCGUCACAUUGUAACGGGUUUGAACGCGUCAGAUGAGCGUCGGUUCUGAUCCAUAAAGCGCCGCUGAUCCUCUGCCAGAACAUCUCGCCUGCGCCGUUCUCUCUUCAUACGCAGCGUCUGCGGCCCUCUUCAAUGUUAAUGUCGACCGACGUCGCAUCUGUAAUGCUGCCCGUGAGCCGCGGGAUCCUGGAGCGCGACAGGGAUCUGGACGCGGGUUCGGCGGCGGUUCGGGGGAUGAAGCGCGGGGACCCGGAGCCGGAGGGCGCCGCGGCGGCGGGGGAUUCGGUCGGGGCGGAAUGCAAACGAGCGCGGAUGGACGGAACCGGAGAGAUCGGACAGGGUUCACAGGACACGAUGGGCGCUCCGGAGGGUGUGGUGGCUCCGUUCUCCUCCUUCGCUCCUCCUCCUCCGCCUCCUCCUCCUCAGAACGGCCUGGCGCUGGAGUUCGGGGCCGGCAGCAUCUACCCCGCAGGGGGCCAAACGGAGGCCCCGGCAGGAGUCAGCGGCACCUCCUCCUCCAUCCCCAGCGCUCAACUGUCAGACGGAUCUCCUCAGGCAGAAGGGCAGUGUGUUUCCGCCGGCGGCUCCGGCAGCGACGACUCCUCCGAGGCCAAAGGAACCCCGAAACGGCUCCACGUUUCCAACAUCCCCUUCCGCUUCAGAGACCCAGACCUGCGGCAGAUGUUCGGGCAAUUUGGAAAGAUUCUGGAUGUGGAGAUAAUUUUCAAUGAGAGGGGCUCAAAGGGUUUUGGUUUUGUGACGUUUGAGACCAGUGCAGAUGCAGAGAAAGCGCGAGAGCGUCUCCACGGAACCAUCGUGGAGGGACGGAAGAUCGAGGUCAACAACGCUACGGCUCGAGUGAUGACCAAUAAGAAGCUGGUUAGCCCGUAUGCUAACGGAGAAGGCCUCAGCACGCUGCCCUACGCUGGGUGGAAAUUGAGUCCUAUGAUGGGUGCGAUGUACGGCCCGGAGCUGUACGCAGUUCCAGGGUUUCCGUAUCCCACCACCGCCGCCGCAGCAGCCGCCGCAUCCACCGCCGCAACCUUCAGAGGAGCGCAUCACCUGCGGGGUCGAGGCCGGCCCGUCUACGGAGCAGUGCGCGCCGCGGUUCCUCAGCCCACCAUACAGGCCUACCCGGGAAUAGUGUUUCAGGACACUCUGGUUAGUAGCAGAAUGCCUCAGAGCGGCUAUACCGCGUAUCGCUACACUCAGCCGGCGGCGGUAGCGAGUCCGACAGCGGCGGCGGCGGCGGCGGCAGCGGCUUACAGCGACAGCUACGGUCGUGUGUACGCGGCAGAUCCGUAUGCGGCUGCGCUAGCGUCUCCGGCGGCGGCGGCGGCAGCGUAUGGAGUCGGCGCGAUGGCCACUCUCUACAGAGGAGGAUACAGCCGGUUCUCGCCGUAUUAAACACCUUUAACACACUUCCAGAUUUGCUGUCUCUCUGAUACUUCACCAACAGCUGCUGACCUCGGAGGGAAAAAUCCAAUCACACUUUUGGACAAAAAAGAAAAAAAAAAAAGCGCGUCUGUUACGAACGAACUUUGAAUAAGGAAUGCAACUAUAAAUCAAUACAUCGAGGAAGGUGGAUUUUUUUUUUUUUUUUUUGUUGUUUUUUUUUAAAGGAAACCUGACAACGUUGAACACUAAAUAGUAACAGAUCUCUGACUGAAACUGCUUGACUGAGAAGCGCAAAUCAUUUCUUCCUUUGGCUCGUCUCUCUGCACAUAUGCAUGCAGUAACGGCUCUAGACUGCCUCUAGUGGCCAUCGAACUACAUGUGCACAGAGCGUCAGGACUGCAGUGAACAAAUUACGUCACCCUUCACUGUCUCACACUACAAUAAUUAUCGAUAUUCUUUAAGAAAUAUAGACAUUCGUCCGGACCGCUCUUGUCUCCGUUUUAAGGAUCGUCUUGAAAUCGCUGGAUCCCAUCAGCUCUGUAAGGGAGGACGAUGCUAUUAUCCCAAAUACAGCGACGUGAUGAGAGACUACCGUCAUGGUCUUCCUCUCUCUGGAGAGAUCAUGGAUGAAAGGCAACUCCAACAGCUGUUACAGACCACUGAAGUACGGGACGACGUGUCAUAAUAAUCCGUCUUGAUGAAAGCUUUGUGUUCUUUAAACAGUACCUCCGUUCAGACCAUUUUCAAGAGGCGUACCUUUAAAAUUAAAUAGUCAUUAUAUGCAAGUAAACUAGAAUAGACACAAAAUUUUACCAAACAUUAUUAUUGUUAUUAUUAUUAUUAUUAAUUAUUAUUAUCGUCAUUAGUUUCUCAUGGUUGUUGUUUGUUGGCUUUGAUGAAGGGCAGGACAUCUGAACCCACACUGAUUCACAGAAAGACGCCAAACGCCGGCAUAAUGACUAUAGCAAGUAUUUAAAUUAUGCUAAGAAAUAUUUACAACUUUUUUCCUUCAGAUUUUGGGAUCAAAGAGCCCUUCUUGUGGAAUAUCGACAAGCUCUUUUAUUAGCGUAGUUUUGUAAAAUAUGCAACUUUCAGCCCAAAUUUCAGAAAAGUGGAUAAAAAAAACGUUUGUCGAUUUUUAAAGGAGAAAUGCAUAGUAUUUUUUGUCUUUCUUGCAGAGUGUGUCCUCUCUUCCCUUCGGUAUAUUGGUAUUUUGCUUUUUUUUAAUUUUUGGUUCCAAAGAAAAGUCAAGCACAUUCUUGAUUUGUGUGUAAACGUAUUUGUAAUUCUAUUGUUUGGUUUAAUUUUAAUUUUUUUUUUUUGUAUCUAUAGGUUUUUGAUAUUGUUUGAAGUGGCUCGUUAAUUAUUUCAAAAUUGCUGGACAUGGAUUGCGGUUUCCUCCUCCUGCAAUCCAAGACCGGUUUCCUUAUCUGUGAAAACACACCUACAUUUCAUGUUUUUUUUUUGUUUUGUUUUUUUGCAGGACAUCAUGCGUUUCGGUAGAUUCUAGGUGUAACCGUAUCCUGGUCCAGGACUGAAAACAUUUAGCCAUUUUAGAGUUUGGAAAGUAAUUUCGCCUCAACUUUUUUGUGUGGAUGAGGGACACUAAGAUACUGGCCUAAUGAAAAACUGACCACAGUCUGAACACUAAACCAAGAGAGCUUUAUUUUAGUUUAUUUUACUUUUUUGUUUGUUUAAAUGGUACUUGCAGUCUAUGCAUACACUUUCCACAGUAUUAUAAGAGAUUAAAAUGAUCUCGGCUCCUAAAUUCUGAACUUCUGGCUUUUAAAGAUGCUUUUGGAAAAGAUGUGGCAGAUUUGCUGGAUUCUUUCUUUCUUUCUUUUUCUUUGUCCUUCGUUCGUUUCUCCUGCAGCAGCCGCACUGUCGGUGCCGUUGCUGAUAAAUGAGUUCUUUGCUAUGAUGAGACGGAUUUCUUGCGUGACGCUCGUCUUCUGAUGAUGGAGUGAGAAGGUUGAAAUCCCUCCAUUCGUGCAGUAAAGGAUUAAAGAUGGCGUCUCUUUUAUUCUCCAUUCUCGCACCUUAUGAAUAUGAUACCUGUUCCACAUACUCUCCUUUGGUUUACAGUGUAACCGUGUUUUUGAGUUGAACUCUUUCUCUCUACAUAUUCUGAUUCCAUUUGUGAUGUAAUUUGUAUCUGAAUGUCCAUAUAAACUGUUUUUUUUAAACAAUCA